CUUCCUUCUUUUCAAGCAAUAAAAAAACAUGUCUGGAAACCUAGUCCCUCUCACCGUCAUUAAGGGCGCGGGCCACGAGUUCAUUCCCCUCCCACAGGGCGAGAAUGCGACCGUUGCCGACUUCCACUCAAUUCGGACCAAAACCACAGACUCACCGUCUUAUUUCACAUCGGGGUUCUACAAGAUCGAGGCUGGGCCCGCUCGCCCCGCGCACUACACGUUCGAAGAGACCAAGUAUGUGCUGAACGGCCAAAUUGAUAUCCUGGACGAGGCCACUGGAAUCACACAUCAUAUGGUCCCCGGAGACUUUGCAUUCUUCCACGUCGGAUCCAAGGUCAAGUUCUCAACCAAGUCAAACGGUCUCGCCUUCUACGCCGUUACGAGGCCUGUUAAGACGCCCCACCCUAACCUCCAGGGCCGGGAGGAGGAUGCGAAGGCCAAGUCCAAGUUGUAAAAGUUUAAUGAAGGCAUGAUUUUAGACGAUAGAAUAUGACUCAAAGAAUAUAAGGAUAACAAGUACCAACUUGCAAGAGCCCUGGUUACUUCAUAGGAAC